AUAAUAUUAUUUUGUUGUCGUGUUGGCUCUGUGGCUAGUGCUAUAAUGAUAAGCGAAACAUAUGUGUAAGUGUAACAUUUUAUGUACUAGUCGCGUACUGCCUACACGAUAGUAAUUUUUAUUCGUAUUGACGAUUACACUAUUCUCCUGGGGGGAGUAGGUCUUAUUCGAAAGUGUUCAUUUUGAAUAAUAUUGAAUAUCGCAGUCCUACUUUUCAAGAUAGUCUUCCAAAUUGUUCAUUACUSAUUGGUCCACUUUCGAAUACAUCAAAUAUCUACCGCUCAGAGAAAUAAUUGGGUAUUUGUUAUUUUUUCAAGAAAAAUUAAUUUGAUAUUCUACGCUUUCCAAACUCAGCAAUGUUUGCCCGUGUCACAUUUUAUCCAACUCUUUUAUACAAUGUAUUUAUGGAAAAGGUAACACAGCGUAACUGGUAUGAUAGAAUUGAUGAAAAUGUUAUACUGGGAGCAUUGCCUUUCAGGAACAUAAGUCAAAAAUUAUUUGACGAAGAAAAUGUCAGAUGUGUGAUAUCAUUGAAUGAAUCGUAUGAAUUGGAACAUUUCACUCCCCAACCAGAUGAAUGGAAAAAAAUGGGAGUAGAACAUUGUCAGUUGAGUACAAAAGAUAUAUUUGAGACUCCAUCGCAUGAAAAAUUAAUUCAAGGCGUUUCAGUGAUGGAAUCAGUUUCAAAAGAAGGUAACACUGUAUAUGUCCAUUGCAAGGCAGGCCGUACUCGUAGUGCUACUCUUGUGGGGUGUUAUUUGAUGUCUAAACAUAAUUGGACUCCUGAACAAGCAAUAGAAAAUAUUGUAUCCAAACGACCUCAUAUUUGGUUAAGAAAUCAACAAUUAGAGAGUCUCAAAAAGUAUUAUGAUGCUGUGGUAAAAGAAAAAUUUAACGCUUCCAAUAUGGAUGAUAAAUUGAUACGGGGCGUAAGGAGGAAUUAGUUGGACAAAGUAAUAUUUUUAUGAUUUGUACAACUUAAGAAUCUGAGUGGAUGUUACUACUUAAUUGUUUGAUGUCAAUGUACCUAUUUUUUUUUAUUUUUUUUUUUAUGAAUAUUAAUUUGAAUAAAUAUUCAUUAAAGAUUUGA